CCACCACAGCUGACAAUGCUUCUCAAGCUCUGCCUCGUUGCGCUGCUGGCCACUUCCCAUGCCGCAACUCGGGAAGAAAAAAUUUUCCGCGAAAAACUGAAGUCACAUGCGAGAGAGAAGACGGAAGAAUGCUGCUCGGACAUGGACAUGAUAUCCGCCGAAGAGCUCAAGUGGGGCAAAAGGAUGCUUCGAAACAUUCACCUCGCUAAUGAAGCGGUCAAGAAACUUCCCAAGGGUGCCCUCUACAGCGACAACUCGGUGUGCUACGACAAGGUCGGUUGCUUCGAUCGCCUGGGCGGAAAGUUUUCACACUUCGCCUCCAGUCCAAAGUCGCCAGAAGUCAUCGGGACCAAAUUCUUUCUCCACUCGCGACUUAACAAGGAUGAGCCGGUGGUGCUAGACUACGCUGACAACGCCACGCUGAACGUGGCUCAAUUCAAUGAAACCAAGGAGCUGGUGUUCGUGAUCCACGGCUUCGGAGCCUCAGCGUCGAAGAAGUGGGUGCUCAGCAUGAAGGAGUCCUUCUUGAAUCUGAAGGACGUGAACCUGGUAUUGGUCGACUGGAGCAACGGCUCUAAGGCGCCAGACUACAUCUCGGCGGCUGCAAACUCUGCUUUGGUUGGACGCCAGGUGUCCUUGCUGAUUCAACAACUUAUACGUGCGUAUCCAGACACGGUGACGGCGGCAAAAACCUACCUGGUCGGCUUCAGUCUUGGCGCACAGGUUGCCGGAUUCUGCGGGCGCCAUUUCUUCAACGCAACCGGAACCAAAAUUGGGCGUCUCACUGCGUUGGACGCAGCUGGUCCACUUUUCGAGACCUAUGACUUCCAAGUAUGCAAAGAGGAUGCAAAAUAUGUAGACGCCAUCCACACGACUGCCGGAAGCAACGUUCUUGCAGGACUGCUGGGCAUAGAGAGCCCCUUUGGCCAUGUUAACUUUUAUCCAAACGGUGGAAAGUCGCAGCCCGGUUGCUGGUUUUUCGACCUGUUCUGCCACCAUCGCCGCUCAGUACAGUACUUCAUCGAGUCUAUGCACGCAGAACGACACUGCCUGUUCAAGUCGAGUCCCUGUGACAGCAUCGACAGCUUUCUGGAUUCCAAGUGCAAUUCUACAGGACCUCACGGCGAGAUGGGUUAUUUCAGCAAUGACGCUGAAGGCCGCGGAGCCCAGUUCCUAUGGACAAACGAAAACAACCCUUUCUGCAAGGCCUGAAUUCAUGUCCGAAUGCAGCACCACCUACUACAGAACAUACCCCUAAUUCCGGUGAAACGAUAGCACAAACCAUCUUCACGGCUUCUUAAGUGCGAUAUCGACAGUGAAAGCCGGUACGCACCAGAGAAGCUGCAUAAUGCAUUUCUUUCGCCUUCAGUCAUCUGUUAAAUAAACAUAGUCAA